UCUGUGGUCUACAGUGUUUAUGCCGCCAACCACAGCCGCCGGCGCCAACCUAUGAAUAUGAAGAGUAAUUUAAAAUAAAAUAAUAAGUUAUAUUUAAUACUUCCAACAUGGAAAACGUUCGAGCUUGUGUAAUGUGCUUAGAAAUGGAUGUAACCCUUUAUAAUUUGCGCUCUAACUCACUGGAACGAUACUAUAGAACAUUGACGGGAACAGAUCCACUAACAUCCUUGGAGCUUCCUAUGUUCGCUUGCUAUGUGUGCAAAGCAAUGUUACACAAGUUCUAUUCAUUUAGACAGAGGAGCCUGAGGGUUCAGGCUAUAUUGCAGGGGAUCUUACAGAGCAAUGGAAAGGUUUUAGAACAAGACAUUAGGCGGUUGGACAAAGAAUCCUACUGCCUAAAUUCGAAUUUAAGUAUUCAGAAUGUAUUUGAAAUUAAAGUUACAAAUGAAGAAGAUGAUGAAGAGACAGUCAAAGAGGAGCCAUUAGAAUUAAUUGAUUAUGAAUUUUCCUAUCAAACGAACUCUGAUAAUGAUUGGCUGAGUGAUGACGAACCAUUAUCCAUUCAUAAGAGUGAGAAAAUGAAAGGAAAUUUGGAGGAAAUUGAGGUGUACAUCGAGGAAGAAAUAAAAGAGGAAGAUAUUGUGGAUGAGAAACCGCCCAAAGCCUCAAAAACAAGGAAACCCAAAAAGGCAUUGAAACCAAAAGUAGUGUGUCCACGCAAAGACAUACUAAAAACGGUCAUGAAUCAGGCCCAAGAGGCCUUGGACGACAUCAAACUGGAAGCAUAUGUUACGGUGAUCAAUUUGACGUGCUCAGAAGAGAUAACUAACGCGGGUGCGUACUGGGCCCACUUCAGGAAAAACCAUCCAGAUAAAGAGUAUCCCGUAGAGAGGAAAUAUAUUUGUGACGAGUGUGGAAAGGGCUUUACGAGCAACGCGUUCCUCAUGAACCACAAGCGCACGCACUCCGCGGUGAAGGCGUUCAAGUGCGGCGAGUGCGGCAAGGCGUUCCACAACCGCAUCAACCUGCUGACGCACAGCCGCGUGCACUCGGAGCGGCGCCCGCACGUGUGCUGCACGUGCGGCAAGGCCUUCAAGUGCAAGGCGGCGCUCGACCGGCACUUGCUCAGCCACACGGGUGACAAGCCGUACAAGUGCGAAGUGUGCGGCAAGGCGUUCACGCAGUCGUACAGCUGCAAGCUGCACGUGCGCACGGUGCACCUCAAGCAGCCCUCAACCUCAGCAAAGCGCGACCGCAGGAAGCGAAAAUUUAUAUUUAAUACUUCCAACAUGGAAAAUGUUCGAGCUUGUGUAAUGUGCUUAGAAAUGGAUGGAACCCUUUAUAAUUUGCGCUCUAAUUCACUGGAACGAUAUUAUAGAAUAUUGACGGGAACAGAUCCACUAACAUCCUUGGAGCUUCCUAUGUUCGCUUGCUAUGUGUGCAAAGCAAUGUUAUACAAGUUCUAUUCAAUUAGACAGAGGAGCCUGAGGUGUCAGGCUAUAUUGCAGGGGAUCUUACAGAGCAAUGGAAAGGUUUUAGAACAAGACAUUAGGCGGUUGGAUAAAAAAUCGUACCGUCUAAAUUCGAAUUUAAGUAUUCAGAAUAUAGUGGAAAUUAAAAUUAUAAAUGAAGAAGAUGAUGAAGAGACAAUCAAAGAGGAGCCAGAAGAAAUACUAGAUUGUGACUUUUCCUUUGCAACAAACGCUGAUAAUGAUUGGCUGAGUGAUGACGAACCAUUAUCCAUUCAUAAGAGUAAGAAAAUAAAAGGGAAUUUGGUGGAAAUUGCGGUGAACAUGGAGGAAGAAAUAAAAGAGGAAGAUAUUGUGGAUGAGAAACCGCCCAAAGUCUUGAAAACAAGGAAAUUAAAAAAGGCACCGCAACCAAAAUUAGUGUGUCAACGCAAAGACACACUAAAAACGAUCAUGAAUCAUGCCAAAGGGUCCAUGGACAACAUCGAACUGGAAACAUAUGUUACGGUGGUCAAUUUGACGGAAGAGGAACAAUUGGAAGAAAUCAGAAAACGGCGGGAGAGUCUCAAUUAUAAAAAUUCUGCAUUCAAAUGUGAGCUCUGUUUUAAGGGUUUUAUAGAUACACAGACAUGGCAACAUCAUAUGCAGAAACAUGAUAAGACAUCAGGCAGCCUGGAAUGUAAAAUAUGCAAGAUGCGUUUUAAAAUGACAAGAGUUCUCAAUAAACAUAUUACUAUACAUGCGAAGAAGUUUAUAUGCAAAUACUGUCCAUAUGUAUCUAAACACGUGACUCAAGCUAGACAACACCUUUUCUGGCACCAAGGCGUUAUGUACAAGUGUCCAUACUGCGAGGAGAUGUCGUCAAAAUGGACGUCGUACCUAUCGCACGUGCGCAUCAAGCACCCGUCGGACUACAUUUGCGGCUUCUGCGGCUACUCGUUUGUUUCGAAGCUCGGACUCAACAUGCACAGGAGCAUGAUGCACAAAGAUUUGAAGAUGCCGGCCAACAACGUGGAUGACAAAGAGGCGCCAUUUUGUGAGGCGUGUGACGUCAAAUUCUUUUCCGUGGAAGCGUUCAAGCGACAUAUGGUCACAGCGAAACGGCACACGCAGGAAUCUGAGAAUAAGAACGGCUGUCGCGAUUGCGGUGAGUCGUUUAAGACGGAGGAAGAGCUGCGUGCACAUAUACGCUGCACUCACACGCGCAAGUGGACCCGCACGAACAAGAAGAAAGGCGACACUCGCACUUGGCCGAUUAAUUGUCCGCAUUGCUCAGAAGAGAUAGCCAACGGGCGGGCGUACUGGGCCCACUUCAGGAAAUACCAUCCAGAUAAAGAGUAUCCCGUAGAGAAGAGACAUAUUUGUGACGUGUGUGGAAAGGGCUUUAAGGGCAACGCGUUCCUAGUGUACCACAAGCGCACGCACUCCGCGGUGAAGGCGUUCAAGUGCAGUGAGUGCGGCAAGGCGUUCCACAACCGCGCCAACCUGCUGAUGCACGGCCGCGUGCACUCGGAGCGGCGCCCGCACGUGUGCUGCGCGUGCGGCAAGGCGUUCAAGUGCAAGGGGGCGCUCGACCGGCACCUGCGCAGCCACACGGGCGACAAGCCGUACAAGUGCGAGGUGUGCGGCAAGGCGUUCGCGCAGUCGAACAGCUGCAAGCUGCACGUGCGCACGGUGCACCUCAAGCAGCCCUCGCCCUACCUCAGCAGGGCGCGACUCGACCGCAGGAAGACCACCGAAACUAAUAUAUUCUGAUUUUGAAAAAGUUAAAAUAAAAUCGAAAAAAAAAUAUUUUCACAAAAUAAAUUUAUGAUUUUUACUUUU